UUUACGUGCCAGGAUGGACCGCGAACAUCACGUCACGCCAAAGCCGAUGAAGAAGGCGCCGAAACGUAAGACUGGACCGAAGCUGUCCAAAGCUGAGCAAAACAACAACGUGAAGCGUCAACGGAUGACGAUGGACAAUAAGGACGACAUGCUGGCUACGUACCAGCCGUGGGUGAUCCAAACGUACGGCGAUCUGGCUAAAACUAAGACGAUCACAUUGAAGAAGUACGCGAGGAUUUUACGCACGCUUAGGGGUGACGAGGUGGUCAGUGCUGACAAUAGUAAAUUUCGGUUUUGGGUGAAGGCGAAGGGUUUUUGUGUGGGACAGCCUGUGGGCUAUGAAGCCAAACCCGCCGACGCAAUAGUGGGCAGGUACAGCGUUUGCGACAUGGAUGAUGGGAUUCCGGUGGCCAACGAGAAGUUGUCAGGAUCGGCGAAGGAUCCACCGCUUUAUGUACCAAAUGCACCCUUCAAGAACUCGACAGGCGAACCUGUUUACAGAAAGGUGGCGAUCGUAGAAAAUUUCUUCGAUAUUAUCUACAACGUUCAUGUGGAAUUAGAGGGAAGACCGGGAAAACAUGCAGGACAAAAGAGGACUUAUCGCACGAUAACUGAGACGUAUGCAUUUCUACCCAGAGAAGCAGUAACUCGUUUUCUUCUUGGCUGCACCGAAUGCCAGAAGCAUCCACGCUCACCUUCUCCCAUAUCCGUAUUACCAACACCGAGUCCCAGUCCAACCUUACCAGUGGUAAUACACACAACUCCGCCACAACUACCCAUGACUCCGCUUCCCACACCAGAGAUAAACUUUAUCGAAACGAACGGAGAUCACAAAGUUAAAAAUCUGUCAUCGCCAACUGGUUCCACCACAUACAGCAACAAUUUUGCCGAAGACGUAAAUGUAGACAUAGAAGACAGUCCGAUAAAGGUGGAGGAACCGUUGAGGGUGAGCAGUCCAGAACCCAAACGCUCGAGUAAUCCCUUGGACGUUUGUAAUUUAACCUCACGCGAUCCACCGAAACCAAGAACCCCUGCCCCCAAAUUAUGGUCGCCAGUAGAAACAAUCGAACGCGAGGAGCAAAAGAAGAAGAUGAUGAUGGGUGGCAACAUAGACUUUUCCCUCCCGAUCACCACUACCUAUUUGAAGUACAUGCGAAGCCUGGGAUGCACGGACGAAGAUGCCAUGAAACUCGAGAACAGACAAGAAAACAUAUCCGCGCAGGAUCCAGCUGAUACUCCGGACGACGAUCACUUCGCAGGAGGAACCGGAGCGAUGAAAGACAGCGACAAACUCAAGCUGAUGCUUUUGGCGUGGAACUAUACCAAUCAGGCCCAAGGCAACAACAGAAAUGGCAGCGGUGAAAUCCCGGACUUGUCCGCCGUUCCCGUAGGAGAAGAGAUGGCCGGACUGUGGGCCACCUACCACUCCGCCCUCGGCCUGGGCAAAGGCAAAGCAACACCCCCAACUACAAGAGACAAUUCUAGUCCAGUAAAUGCUGAAACAGGAUCCGCACACGAUGAGACAAGCUCAAGUGGAAACAAGGACGAUGAGGAUGAUGACGAUGACGAAAGUGACGAUAAAAUCGACACCCAGACUCACGAUCCAGAACGUCUUAAGGCCUUCAACAUGUUUGUGAGGCUGUUCGUCGAUGAGAACCUGGAUCGUAUGGUGCCGAUCAGCAAGCAACCGAAGGAGAAGAUCCAAGCGAUCAUCGACUCGUGCACAAGACAGUUCCCGGAGUUUGCUGAGCGAGCUCGAAAAAGAAUCCGGACCUACCUCAAAUCGUGCAGAAGGAAUAAACGUGCACGGGAUCCAAAUUCGCCGUGGGAUGCGACAAGACCCACCCCUGCGCAUUUGACGUCUGUACAAGCUGAACAGAUUUUGGCCACGGCGUGCGAAAAUGAAAGUCACAACGCUAAAAGGAUGAGAAUUGGAUUGGAGCCAGUUAGUCAGCCAAUGCCAGUCUUGCCAGGAGCUCAGCCAACAGACACUACUGCGCCAAUUAACAGAGGAUUGGACUUCUCAAAUAGCACGCCAGUAAAAAUGGAGACAGACGCAGUCAAUAACGCUUUCCCUUCAUCCACGACACCUACAUCCACCCCUAAUUCCAUGUCAAAAGGACUAUCACUUACACCCGACCUAAAAACAUCAGGUCUCAGUGUGUCAAGUGCGGCAGCUUUGGGAGCCACAGCGAUGAAUGGAAUUGGGAUAUCUAGUACAGCAGGAUCGGCUCCGACUGCAAUGUAUCGCCCGAACUUCUCACAGGCUUUCCAAAGAGCAGGUCCUUAUCCUCUCUUCCCUGGAGCCACACCUUUCGGUGCUGGCGGUGGACUACUUACAAAUGGUCCGGCAGAUUUGAGCAUGAAGCAGAAGCCGCUGCUCAAUCAUAAGCUGACCACUGGUGAAAUGGCGGCCGUGCGACAGUUGAUAACGGGAUACCGUGAGUCAGCCGCCUUUUUGCUGAGAUCCGCCGAUGAGCUGGAACAACUGAUGCUGCAGCAACAGUAAAGACUCGCAGACCGGGAAUAAUAUUAGUCAAAUGCCAUACGUCAGCGACAAAAAUGUACUUCUAAGUUUUGUAAUAUAGUUCGUUAGCCUCGCAAAUGAAAGAAAUGCCAAAGCUUUGGACUGCUCGUAUUCAGGGAUCUGUAAUGAUUAGAUGGGUUUGGCAUUUUUUUCGGUGGCUACUAGAAUAUAAUUAGGCACGAGUGAUUUUAAGCACUUUUCACUUUUAUAUUUUUUAAAUUAUUUUACGAUAUUUGGACUGUUAAAUAAAUCGUGUAAAUAUAACUUAACUUUUGCUACUUAUUAGAACAAAAUGCUGAAAUUAUGUACAAAAAUAAAGGUUUCCUAGAUUAAGUGAAAAUAUUUAUUUAUAGAAGUUAGAAAAUACUAUUAUACAGGGGGAAAUUUUAUUAUAUUUGAUAUAAAUGUUGAGAAUUUAUUCUGAGUGUACCAAAGAUAAUUGUAAAUACAUUUUAAAAUGUCGCCGAUGUUUUGUAAUUUUCAAAAAAUUAUAUAAAUGUGCAAAAUCGGUUAUGUAAAAAGUACUGUAAAGUGAGCACCUAUUGGAAAUCGUAAUUUUAUUAUAUAUAAGGGAAAAGUAUAUUUUGUAAAGCAAAUUCACUUGCAAUAUUCUUCUAAAAACUGUCAUCAAUUUUGUCCGAAAUAGGCAAGGAAUAGUGUUUAGUUGACUGUUAGAAAAAUAUAUACACUGUUAUUUUUUAAACUUGCAAUUCCGACGAGCUUGAUGAAGUGUUUUUAGAUGAACUGAAAUUCGACAACAAAAAUUCGCAGUUGGAAAUAGUGUUAACAAGGAAGUAAAGUAUUUCUGUGAUUGUUAGUAAGUGUUAGAAAUGAGAUCAACAUCAGGAAAAUAUAUAUGACAAAUAUAACUCUUUUGUUUAUGUAAUAUCUAUGUAUCUGUUUUAUGUAAAUUUCAACAUUCCAAUGUAUUUCUGAAUGUAUAUAAUUAAAUUGUAUUUUGAUCUGAAAUCACUGCCAGAUUUGUGUAUCAAUAAAUAAUGUCCACGUUA